GAAUCCAACAUGGCGGCUGCCAUGGAGCUGAGAUGCUGGGGAGGAGACUGGGGUUUACCUUCUGUCCACUCCGAGUCCCUCAUAGUUCUGGCAUACUCAAAGUUUGCCGGGGCAAAAGUCACAGUUUCUCCUAUAGACUGGACAUGGAAGACUCUAACAGCAACAGUCCCAGAGCUGCUGUGUGGAGAUGCUGCAGUUCAAGAACCAUCACAGAUACUCAACUUCCUGAGGAAACAGAGGUAUAACGCAGACUAUGAGCUGACAGCCAGACAGGGAGCCGACACCAUGGCUUACAUCGCCCUGCUCGAAGAGAAACUGCGACCAGCUCUGCUGCACACGUUCUGGGUGGAUGCAGAAAACUACGCCAAUCUGACACGGCCAUGGUUUGCCUCACAUUCGCCAUUCCCACUUAACUUUCUGGUCCCCUGUCGCCAUGCCAACAGCGCUCUCUCCCGCAUCCUUCUAACCAAAGGAGAGGCGCCUCUACACAGAAUCACUGAGGUGGAGGGGAAGAUCUACAGUGAUGCUAAAGAGUGCCUGAAUCUCCUCUCGUACAGACUGGGGGCAGCAAACUACUUCUUCGGCAACUCGCCGACCAGUCUGGAUGCCUACGUAUUUGGUUUCGUGGCCCCCCUCAUUAAAGCCAAUCUUCCCAGCAGCCCUUUGCAGAGCCACCUCAAACAGCUGGAUAACCUCACAAGCUUCUGUGACACCAUCCUCGCGGUGUACUUCAGCUCGGACCACCCUUGUCCUCCCCCACCUGUUCAGGAAACAAUGGAUGCAAACCUGCAGAAACUAACUCAGCUUGUAAACAAAGAGUCCAACUUAAUAGAAAAGAUGGAUGAUAAUCUUCGAAGCAGCCCUCAGCACAAACCGCACAGACCAGACCCCAAACCCAGUCUGCUCAGCGAGAAGAACUCCUCCCCUGCCUGACCCUUCACCCUGCAGCCCUGAUUCAGCCUUAUGAAUCCACGUGGAACCGCCCAUAGAUGAAAGGUGCUCUGACUCAACGUUCUGAAAUAAAAAAAAAACAUACUGACAGAACUGAACUGCAGCUUCUGCAGCAUGACAGGAAAAUAACUUAAUAAUUAAUGGAAGUCUGACUAUAUAACUAUAAAAAAGACCUUUUUAAGGCAAGAUAAUGAUGAAAGAUUUCACAGAUGUUCAUAUGAAAGCGAUGGAAAGUGCUUGUGUGAGGUCUUUUAAAAAGGUUCAGUGCAUGUAUGUGGUAAAGAUGGAAUGCUAUGAAGUGAUGCCCAAUGAGAAAGACACAGACAGCUGAGGGAAACUUAGAGUUGAAUAUGAAAAAACACUCAAAUUGAAAUUCCUAAGGUAAAUACUAAGUUAAAUAGACAUUGGUCGCUGAUGUAGAACGGUGUGGGACUAGAGCACCUUAUUUCACCAUUGAAGAAACCUCAAGUUACUCUAGUUUAUAGAUCUGUGUUUUUAUGAUGGAGCAGACAUGAAUCCUAGUAUUUUAGUACUUUAAAAUCUUCUGCACAGUCAAUUCUAAUAGAAUUUGAAGUAGAUGAUAAUGUACAGUAUGUAUGCAGUCAGACUAUAGGAAUAACCAAUUGCUUGUAUAGUUGUAAAUACUUUCAUGAGUGUCCUUUAAUGGAGUCGACCUGCCCUUUCACAAUCAUUGCUUCGGCCUUGAACUCCACAUCAUUUCCAGACGUUAUCUGGACUUUCCUUUUCACAUAUGAAGAACGCGGCCGGAGAUUGACCAAGUCAGAUGCGUUCAGAAAACUUUAAAAUCUCCACAAGGUUUUGGCUUGUGUUGGCUUCUGUGCAUAUCAUGUGGGGACGUUAUAUAUAAAUUCUGCUGCAUGUUUUUGUUUAUAGCACUUUAAUACAGGAAUCUGCCCUUAUCAUCAAAAGCUCUUGAAUCUCGUUGUCUUUCCAAGUUGACAUCUUUGUGUUUGUUGUGUUUUUCACCCUGAGAUAUUUGUGUUCUUUUUGUUUUGUUCAGUGAUGCAACUGCCGCAUGUUAGAAACUAAAUCAACACGCUUACUUGCAGGUGCUAUAUUCUCCUGACCUUUUCUUACUGUAGUCUCACACGGGUACACUCUGACAUUCUCUGGAUAUUUAACCCGAGGGGAUGGCAGGAAAGCUCCAGAGAAUGUCCGGAGCAACUGUCUGUGACAUUUUUGUUUUCACAUACAGCCCCUCUGGAUAAUUUUAGGAGAAUAUGUGGAGUUUAGUGCAGGUCUGAAGGCAGCUUUAGAUACACUGAGGUAAUGGAAGGGCUCUACACACUGUAUAAAUGUGUUCAUGCAAACCAUUUGGGACUAACCACUGUGUCUUUCUAUAAUUUCUGUCUUUAUUGUGUGAGAUAUUCUGGGUCAUUAACAAUCCACUCACUUCUUCUGUUGCCAUAACUCUUUUAGGACCACCUUUUAUGUAUUAUUAUUUGUUAUUCCUGUUUAACAAACAUUCUGCUCAAACUGAAGUGUCUGUCCUGUUUGGGAAAGUCUCAUUCGCUGCCUUCUGUUUUCCCUCAUUAUUACCGUCUGAUUAUCUAGAUUGGACUGUAAAAUGAGUUGCCUGUUUUUCUUCACACGUCAUGUUCCCAAGUGUCCUCGCAGCUCAUAUCAUUACUGAGUCCACUCUGUGUGCGUGUUUCUUUCAUGAUCCAUGUCCCAGUUAAAAAUGUUGAUACUCAAAAAUAUUUUUUUGCUUUUGCAACCUCUAGAAAAUACUUCAUGGACAUGUUCACCUUUAAAGCUCCAUACUCUGAGAAUAAAGAGUUCACUAGUGUGUGUGUGGUGCAGUGGCUUGUGAGGAUAAUUUGGGGGCAGUGUGCCUCCAUGACUGCUGGUGUCAACAUGCUGACCUUCAAUUUUUUGAUACAUGGUCAUAAAUUAUAUCUUUGUCAUUUCUGCUGCCUUUGUCCAUAACCUGUUCAUGGUUGGAAACCAUAUCAUAUUAUUAUCUUAUUAAAAAUAAUAUAUAAGCUGUA